GAGUCCUGCUGGACCCACAUCCAGAGCACAGCCACCCAGAAGACCCUGCUGCUGGGGCAGAUCAAGCUGGCUGUGCUGAACCUCUUCCAGCAAACCACAGCACAGCUCAGGAUCCCCACGGACAGAGCUCAGGAGGACACAAAGGCCCAGCUGGACACGGUGCUGCUCUGUAUGAAGGCUCUGUCUGACAUCUGUGCCACUGACAGACACCCACAGCACCACAGGAGUGUCAGGCUGCUUCAGGGCCACAAAUAGCCCCUGGGGACUCUCUGCCUGCUCCUGGGGCUGGAGAGAGGCUGCCAGGGCCAGCAUGGAGCCACAGGACCCCUCUGUAUGGAGGCAAUUCCUGCAAGUCUGGAAACCCCAUGUCAAGAGGCAACAUGGACAGCAGUGGCACAGUCACACUGGGGUGGCAGCACACCCAGGCAGGGCCAGGGCACUCCUGAGGUUCCCUCCUGCACAGAGCACCCCAGGCAGGACAACGAGGAGGAGGGAGCUGCUGAAGGUGCUUCACAUCAAAAUACACCCAGCUGUGCAGCCACAGCUCCUGCUUCUUCUUGCGUCUCUAGGGAAAGAACUACCCCAAGCACGCUGCUUGGAGCAAGGAGAGACAGAAGCCGCGAUGCAAAA